UGCUGACAAGAUGAACUUUAAUCAUGAUUACCUGCAGUUCAUACUGACACUACAGUACACUCAUGUUCUGCUUCAAACAACUGAAGCUGUAUCAAACAGGAUAAAUGUCUCUCAAACGCCUCCAGAAAUCAAUGCUUGUGAAGGAGAUUCUAUCAACAUGGAAUGUUCUUGUGAGGAGGAUGUACAAAUGGAAAGCAUUAGGGUAGAUUGGACUAAAGACUCAAAAUCAAUCCUCAAUGCAACCAGUUCAAAUGGCUCUGUAAAUCAAGCUUACAUUGACAGACUAUCUUAUUCUGUUGAGAAAGCAAAAUCAAAACUGACAAUCAAAAGUAUUACUCGAGAUGAUGCAGGAUUGUAUCGUUGUAACAUGGUGAUUGAGAUACCAGCACCAGUUCGAAAAGGCAAUGGAAGUGGAACAAUAUUGACAGUGCAAGCAGAUAACAAUGCACCCAAACUGGGAGCUUUGGUAGGAGUGGUGGUAUUGUUGUUGAUAUUGGUUCCUGUAGUUUUAUUUUACAAGAAACAACAGAAAAUUCAGAGAAAUGCAAGAAGUACAACUGCAGUACCAGUUCUGUUUGAUGUUGCGAGAGAAGAGAUCAUUGAACAAAAUCAGGAGAAUGAAGAAAGCUCAUCUUCAAGAGGCUCAUCUCAUUGGCUGGCCUCAUCAUUGUAUGAAUCAUUUGACUACUUUGCAAUCCAAAAUAUGAACGAAGAAACCAGAUGCACAGUCUCAAACAGCUGAAUCUUCCACAUCUAUGUGAAAGGAGAAGUACAUUUUCAAAAUUGACUUUGUAUUUUAACUUGGUUCAUCAUUUCAGGAAGACUGGGAGUCAAGGAUGCAUUCUAACUGGAGACUUUGCUGUUGCCACAUGUUAAUUGAAGCUGUGUCAGGUCGGAUGGUUGGCUGCAGCAUCAAUAUGAAACAUCAUGGGUCAAAGAGAUAUACAAAUUCAUUACCUUUUCUGUCACCACCUAUUGCAUGGGAUGAAGCGCUAAAUGGUGCAGAAUCAUCUUCCCAGGAAGCAUUUAGGGAUGGAUUGGAUGCAAUGUGUCCAUAAAGAAGGAAAGGAGAAAAAUAGUUGAUCUCAUUAUUAGAAAUUAACGCACCUGUACAAAAAAAACGGAUUCAGCGAUUUCGAUGGAUCCAAUCUAUUUUGCCUGUUACAGGUUGGAGUUCAUUCAAAUAUUAUGAUGGUGGAGUAUAGUGACUGUUGUGAUGUUCAGACAGUAUAGUAAUGUAAUAGUGUGGAAGAUUGUAAUGGCCUCUUUGAGUUUCCUGCUCCCAGGUAUUUCCCGUUUCUGCGGAUGACCUCCAAGCUGUCAUUAUAGCCCAGAAGAAGAAAGAAAAUCAAAGUUUCAAUAUUUUUUACAUUUGUUUGAGGUGUGGGCAUCACUGGUUACACAAGGAUUUUAUGCCCAAUGGCCAGGUGCCCUGGGGAAUGUGGUGGUGAGCUGGUUUCUUGAACUAGAGCAGUCUAUGAGAUGUAGGAACACGGAGUGGUGUUAGAAAGGGAGAUACAGGAUUUUAACCAAGAAGAAAUGAAGGAAAGAUGAAAUAGCUCCAAGUGAGAAAGAUGUGUGACUUAGAGGGAAGCUUGCAGGUGAUGCUUUUCCAAUGUCCUUCUAGGGGGUAGAGGCUGCAGGUUUGCAAAGUGCUUUUGAAGGAGCCAUGGUGAGUUACUACAGUACAUCCUGUAGUUGGUGUACACUCCUGCCACUGUGCAUCAGUGGCAAAGGGAGUGAAGGUUGAAUGUAGUAGAUGGGAUGCAAAUCGAGCAGGCUGCUUUGUACUAGACUAUUUCGAAGGUUAUUGAAACAGCAUCCAUCCAGACAAGUGGUGAGUAUUCCAUCACUUUCCUAAUAGAUUGGGACAGGUUUUGGAGAGACAGGAGAUGAGUUACUCAUCACAGAACUUUCAGACUCUGGUUUUUUGAAAAUUCCUUCAUGCGAUAGGUAAAUGCCAGAUAGGCCAACAUUUUUCGCCCAUUCCCUAAUUAUCCAAAGGGCAGUUAAGUGUCAACCGCAUUGCUGUGGGUCGGAGUCACAUGUAGGCCAGACUAGGUAAGGAUAGCAGUUUCCUUCCCUAAAGGACAUUAGUGAACAAUAAAAUCAUAGAUGUGUUUUUUUGAGAAUCUGUGCUCCUCUUCUUCCAUUCAGUAAGUCAGCUGACAACAUUCUGAGUCAUGAAAAUUAAUGAAAGGGACCAAUGUUCUAUAAAGGAGUUAGAUUUUAAAAGCAGAUCAGGAACUUGACACCUGGAUAAAAUUUGGAACCUGACCCCCACAUUUUGAAUGCAGUUGCUCUAAUACAGGAGGCAGAGAGGAGUUUGCUGCCCAAUUUAUGAGGCUGCGUGCUUCCCAGUGCCAGCGGCAGCCUGCCCAUGCUGAGGUUUGCCUCUGCCUUGAGGACAGAACAGGUAGCUGAUCAGUGGGCUAGGAGGACUAACAUUCAAGAAUGAGGGCAACCAGGAAAAAUUAUGGUAAUUCAUACAAUUCAUCACAGGUUACCCGAGGGCUCAAUAUAUCUCACAGUCAGAGGUUUUCUUUCUGUGACAAGCCUGGAAAAAAGACAACUAUCUGUUUGGGCUAAACAAAAUAAUCAUGAACAAAACCUGUUUUCGACUGUCCUAACCCUUUACCAAGUUCCUAAAGGAGGUGGAUAGGCCAUUAGAUGGCAGCAGUCAGGUUCCCCACUCCCUCCAAUAGAAGCACUAGAAAUCUGGAAAAGAAACAAAGUGCUGGAGCAACUCAGCAGGUCUGGCAGCAUCAGUGGUUGCAGAAACAAAGUCCAUUACUGCCUUUUUCCAAACUAUUAAGUGCUGAGCAACAACAUGGAAACACAGCAGAGAUGAUUUUGCCAAGUCAGAUGUUGAAUUUUCGGAGGAAACUAACUUCAAGGUUUUCAUUCUUCUGAAAGGUUUUCAAGUAAACGUAGCUCCUGUCAGAACGCCACAAGCCUGUUCGAUUAACACUGAAUUUUUUUUAGGUGAAAGUUUGUUUGCUCUAACAUCAAUUUAGACAUUUUAUUAUUUUUUAAAACACAGAUCUUUCAGAAAAGAUUUUUUCAAAAUUCAGUAUUAUUUCCCAUGCCCGGGUUAGUAACACAGGAACAUCUAGAUGUGUUUUAUUAGAUUGUAGGUGGGUGAAACGUCUGGAAAAGGAAGAAAUAUAUGUGUAGUUUAUACUUUCUACCUUCUCUAAGUGGCAUCAUUUCAGUUGUUCUGUUAUUUUACUUGGCAACUAACCAGAUAAAAAUGUAUGUAAAUUAAAACUGAAAUGGUUCAAUCAAUCAGUAAAGAAUCAAGGGUAAACUGUAUGGUUCAGGAAAUAGUCUGCACUGUUGGUGAUAUUAUCAGCAUUUGACAUUUAAACAGACAAAGAGAAAUGUAAAAGUCUUAAUGCUGAUUUUUUAUUGUACUGUUACAAAUAGAAAAUAGAAGGACACCUGUACAGGAUGAAACCUAAGCUAUAAGCCAACUAUAUUACACUUGUACAUAUUACACAUAUGACUGUAUGCACCACAUAAAAAGAUAUGUGCCUUGCAAACACUCCAAAAAUAAAUCAUUAGGCUGGAAGCAAAACUUAAAUGCAACAUGUCAAAGCAUGCAGAAACCGAACUGUAUGCAAUGUAAAGAGACAAAGUGUUAGUGGCCAAGAAUUUGCUGAGUCAGGCAUCUCAAACCUCAAACUUUUUCUUCACCCUUCAACUUCAACUUUUUGCGCAUCAAAUCGCUGGAAAUGUGAACUGAUAAUGGGGUGCAAUGGGCCACUUAGAACACAAGACCAAUAGACUCAAUCAAAAAAAUUUAGGGAAUUUAAAAGCAAUAGGAAUGAUGGAGAAAAAAGUAUUUUCUAAAAUCUAAUUAAAUUGUCAUUAGAUUUUACUGGAACACUUCCUGGUUUUCAAUUAAUCUCAUCAUGAAGAGCUUAACACAUGCAAUGAAUAGUUCUGGUGAACUUGCCCUUAAGAUGUACAAAAAGGCAAGAUGCAACUUGUGAUGUUACAAUGUCAACAUUACAGAAACAACUUAAAACAAAAUAUGUACCUUAAUGGCUAUAAAUUUUAAAUAAUUUGGACGGUUUACUGACGACAAUAUGAACACACUCAUUAGAGCUAUUGUUAUAUCUUGGAAAAAAAAGGUUAUGCAUUCAAGACAUACAACACAAACCCACACGCAGGUCUACGUCAGGAAAUGGAACAUUUCUGUGUCAGACAAUCAGUUGACAUAUUGUGUAGGCCACUGGAAGAAGUGUGGUUUGUGACAAAUUGUUAAAUAAUUUUUGGAAUUAGAAACAGUAACUUAUAUUUUCAAAAAGAUUGUCAAUAAAGAAUCAGCUAAUAAUAGACCACAUGUAGUGCAAUACAGAACUUUUAUUAUUGAUAUUUUAAUGAAAGGAAUGAUUUUGGAUCUUGUGGCUUUCUUACAAAAUUUGAUGCAAGUCACAGAGUUUGAACUGACUGAAAGAUAGAUGUAGCCCAUUGUGAGCCUCUAGCCCAUUCAAUUUGAUUGUGGUGGAAUUGGAUCACCACCCCAUUUUGCUGCAUAGCUUCACACCCCAUAGUACCAUUGAUAACAAUAUUCUGUAGAUUUCAAUUUUGAGUUUCAAAUUUCCCCAGAAACUGUAUCGACUGGGGAAGAAAAUUCCAAAUUUCUACAACCUGUGUAUGAUUAAACACAUUCCAACAUCCUUCCCAACUGGUUUGGCACUAACUUUACAAUUAUGUUUCUGUGUGCUUAACUGCCCUGCUCGUGGAAGUAGUCUCUCAGUGUCUACCAUAACACUAUUUAACAUUUUAGA